AGGAGUAUACAGAUGCAUCUCGACGAUGCAGCUGCGUUCACUGAUCGGGACACUCAUUAUCAACCUUUGAAGUCAGCACUUCCGUUUUGUAACAAAGUGGAAGAGCCGAUCUGGAAGAUGUCAGGUUGGUCUGGGGAUGUGUAAAGUAUUGAAUGCGAAUCUGCAUAUCACCAGAGCACCCUCGAGAUGGAUGGCGUAAUUUGGAGAGUGAUGCCAAUCUAGUCGAGAAGGAACGACUGUUUUCCAUUGAGUCAGGGGAGACUAUGUUCAAUCACAAGCAAGCCUGGAAGGCUCAUCCUGUCUGUCGCAACCCUUGCCCAGAACCCGCGCCGAGUUUCAGCCGGUGGAGGCUUCCACCAAAAAGCGGAGCAAUAGUUCUUCAUCCUUCCUUACCCGUAGGUUGCAUAGGUUUCCUGCCGACAACACUCCGACUGUGCUGUUAUUUGGGACCAUCAUGUUUCAUCCCCUCUGCCGUAGUUACCCUGCCUCGAUGUGGUUUGACAUCCUCGGAUCAUCAGACGUACAAAGACCAGCAAGGUGCGAAAUGCAUAUGCAAUAUCCAUCCAAUCGUUGACAAAUGCCCACAUUGGCAGGUGGAGGGUAUCCAAGGUAUCUGCAUUUCCCGAAUAUCCGAAUUUCCCCUCUCCCAGUACAGCAUUGGGGCUUCUUCCAUCACCUCGUUUAUUGAUAAAUUCUACAUCCCAGCGUUGUGGACACAAAUGGCUGGAGCGGUAUUACAAAACAGGGUAUAAUUGAUGUCGAUAACGAACCCUGUGGCCCCAUUUUUGUGAAAUUCAACUCCACGAUGAAAAUAUGGUGCGUUGUCCGGAGCUCUAGUCCUCAGUUAUCUUUGUAUCUUCACGAUGGAAAUGGUUUUUGACUCUGACUUCCGCUGCUGAUAUAUUUUCUGGGAAGUGGACGUUCCGAUUGAAUCUCGACCCA